ACUGGAUGGAGUGUAGAUGUCGAGUGCCAGUGGGGAGGAGCUGUGUUUAUUCACUGCGACCACAGGCUGUUUAUAAAGUAGGUGAUGUGUAAAACAGUCUGGAAAGUCUCUGCUACAUUCAGUUAGGGAAUGAGAAAUUAUUGCCAGUGGCUGGGAGAUCGGGACACAGUUUAAGUCGAAGUGGGAAUUAAUGUGCAGAAGGAAUAUAGCAUCAGGGAGAAAUAUGUUUAUUCAGCAGGAUAUGUAGGGAAUUAGAAAUAUGUUUGCAGAGUGACUGGAAAGUCAGAGAGAAACAGACGGCAAUCAAAUAAACUUGGGGGAAACAAAAAAAAAUCAGCAUCCAGACUUUUAAGUUCAAAAAUUGGAUGCAGUGAGGAAAGGUGAUGGGAAAGGAGACUUGAACUAACUCCAAGGCAUCUGCAAUGCCUCGUACUACUGAAAUCGUGCCGCUGUUGCAGUAAACACCGAGUACAGGUCACCUCCAGUGGUGGCGGCAUGAACAAGGGGCACAAACUCUAGGUCGCUGCCUGUCUCCGGGACAUCAUCAGAGUCUGCGUGCGAUAUUCCUGCUGCCCUCUUCCCGCACUUCGUUUGUGGCCAUGGAGUUUAACAGAUGCUCUGUCAUCCUAUACUUCCUCGCUGUGUGGAAAGGUUUCAGCGAUUCAUUCAACAUUAACGUGAAAGAUGCUAAAACCUUCAAUGGUCCAAAGAAAGGUCAGUUUGGAUAUAAAGUUCAACAACAGGAAGCAGAGGGUCAGAAAUGGUUGCUGGUGAGCGCUCCCUGGGAAGGCAGUGCGAAGAACAAGAAAGGUGCUAUUUAUCGGUGCAAAGUCUCCAACAGGAAGAGCACAAAUUGCAUGAAAUUAAACUCAGGGGAGGCGGCUCUGAAAAACAUCUCGGACAAAAUGAAGGAUAUGCACUUUGGCAUGACGUUGACACGCAACUCACAGGGCUUCAUGGUUUGUGCUCCUCUCUGGGCCCAGCAGUGUGGAACUUCCAUGUACAACACGGGAAUCUGUACGAACAUCAGCCGCAACUUCAGGCCUUCUGGGAUCAUCGCUCCCACUGCCCAAGAUUGCGGAGUCACCAUGGACAUUGUGAUCCUACUGGAUGGUUCAAACAGCAUCUACCCUUGGCACGAGGUCCAGAGGUUUCUUAGCAACGCCCUGCACAAGUUCCACAUCGGCCCGAAGCAGAUACAGAUCGGCGUGCUGCAGUACGCGGAGACGGUCGUCCACGAGUUCCACCUCGGCCAACACAAGACGGCGCGCGCCGUGAUCGCAGCCGCCAAGAACAUCAGCCGCCAGGGCGGUCGGGAGACCAAGACCGCGAUGGCCAUCAGAGCCGCCUGCUCGGACGCCUUCAGCCGCGAGCGGGGGGGUCGGGACGGGGCGUCGAAGGUCAUGGUGGUGGUGACGGACGGGGAGUCCCACGACGGCCUGCACCUGCGCGAUUCCCUGGCCGAGUGCGAGAAGCGGAACAUCAGCCGAUACGCCAUCGCGGUACUGGGUCACUACAUCCGGAGGCGUAAAGACACUGAGACGUUUAUCAGGGAAAUCAAAUUCAUUGCCAGCGACCCGGAUGAGAAACAUUUUUUCAACGUGAGCGAUGAGGCAGCUCUGAACGAUAUUGUCGAUGCGUUGGGAGACCGAAUAUUUGGCUUAGAAGGUAUGAUUUAUCACAACGAAAGCUCGUUCGAACUGGAAAUGUCGCAGGCAGGAUUUUCCGCACAUGUACUGGAGAAUGGAUUCCUGCUGGGCGCUGUCGGGGCGUACGACUGGAACGGCGCGGUGGUGAGGCAGAGCGCCCACGGGCACGUGAUCACCUCCAGAGAAGCCCUGAGCAAGGAGUUCCCCAAGGCCUUGAACAACCAUGCAGCCUACCUGGGCUACACAGUGUCGUCGCUGAAACAGAGGAGCGGACAGAGUGUCUAUGUAGCGGGAGCGCCCAGAUACAAGCACAAAGGCAAGGUCAUCCUCUUCAACAUGGACACAACGGGGAACGUGACCAUUCAUCAGUCCCUGGUCGGGGAACAGAUUGGAUCGUACUUUGGAAGCGAGGUUUGCCCGGUGGACGUGGAUGGUGAUCAGGUGACCGACGUGCUGCUGGUCGCAGCCCCCAUGUACCUUGGAGCCGGCUACAAGGAAACUGGAAAGGUCUACGUUUACACAGUGCGGGAGGUGAGCGUGGAGCAUGGAGUGUGGAGAAAACUCUACGACUCUUUGGGCGACUGA